GCAAUGGUGUUACUCUAAGGGGAGUCUUUAGAAAAAGUGUAUUUUGGUUUUUUAAGUGUAAGGAUUCACUAAGAAAGAAUCCUUAUUUAGGAAUUUUAAGGAUUGAAUCCUUAAGUGAGACCCUUAAGACCAGCUGCAACGCGGGAUAUUAGCCAUUUCUUAGCGCUAAUCCUUAUGCUUUUAGAUUAAAAAAAUAAUAAAAGCCGACGUUACGCUGAGGUUGAAUCCUUAAUGAAGGAUUUAUUUGCCGUUGAUCCUUGAUGCGCUGGCAGCGUGUGAUUGGAGCGUCCAAGGAAUGUGUUUGGUGAGAGGAAAAAAACGCGUUCAUUUCUCGAGUGUAGCCGAAAAAAAAAACUUUCUUCCUCUCCCGGCGAUAACAAAGGCGACACUGCGAUCCGGUUUGUUCAAGGUUCUGAAAUGGAGGACGAGUUGAGGGAUAUGAAAGCACACAAAGCAUACUACAACAUGCUUCAUUUCGUUGCAGAUGCGCAACAGGGGAUUCCCCAGCUGUGCCCCUGUGGAUCUAUCACGAAGGAGGUAGUCGAUGAAGAGGAUACAUAUGACUACCUCCCCGGCAAAAGAUAUUUCAUAUGCAAAGAUUACGAGAAUGACGGGUUGCAUUUCAGACAACCAUGGGUUAUGGGGAUGCAACAAGAGGUUGAGAGACUGAAAGUACGUUUUCACGAGCAGGAGAAGCUUCUGCGAGAGUGCGAAUCACUUAAGGGGCAGGUGCGGAUGCUGAUUAAGCGGGUGGCUGAACUCGAAAAAAGGAACUUACCGGUUUCAAACUCAGGUUAGUGUUUGAACUUACCAGUUAAAAUUCAAAUUGAAAUUAGUUUGUAGUUA